AUGCCUCAUCCACCACAAAGAAAAUCUCAGACUAGUGCCGCUGCCUCUUGCCGAUGGGUUCAAGAAGAAUCAAGUGAAAUGGAUGUGGAGGAGGUUGAUGAUAUUUUUGAUGCAAUAGUUGAUGAGAAUGAUGGUUUUCUAAAAAAAUUGGAUUACUUGAUCAUAGGCGAUUUAUUCGAAUUAUGCAAGGCUGAUUGUGGAUCUCGUCGUUUAUCUGUCUUGUUGUAUACGUUGUUACGUAUUACAGGUCAAAGCUGUCGAUUUACCGAUGAUGUUCUUGAGAAAAUCGGUGCUUUUCGACGUGUUCAUGCGCAUAAAUGGUCGGAAGUGUUCAUUUGUGGUGAUUUCGAUACAUUUACUGCUGAUGGUCGGGGUGGAAAAAUGUUUCCCUCUUUCUACGAUGACUAUCCUGGUUUGGAAGUUGAAGCUAAAGCUUUUGCUAUCGAGGGAUGUUCCAGGAAAAAUGCAAGUUUCACCGUCGGUGAUUUGGCCAAAUUUGUAGAUGAAAAGUUCUACGAGUUAACACAAACUGUUAAAACUGGUGAUGAUCUCAUUCGUUUCGAGAAAUCUUGUAGGCUUGAUCUUCGUCGUUGGGGAGCUCGUUUUGAGCCCAACAGUGCCAGACCCUAUUUCGAAGGUCACGAGCGUGCCGAUGUCGUUAUUCAUCGAAAUGAGUUUAUUUCUUAUUUUCUUCAACGUAAAGAUGAAUAUUAUACUAUUAGUGAUGGUGAUCAGCCAAAAUGGAUAAGUCCUACUCAUAAUCCUCGUAUUCUCAUCUUUCACGAUGAGUCAACCUUCAAGAGCGGGGAGGUUUCAGCAAAGCGUUGGAUAAUGGAAGAUCAUACACCUUUCUUCUCGAAAGGUCGAGGUCGUUCACAUAUGAUCUCUGACUUCCUUGUUCAGCACCCGAGUGGACCUUUCUUUUCUCUUUCCGAUGCCGAGUUUCAUAAUGCUGUUGAAAAGUUUCCCUCCCUUUCUGCUCCUAGUGGUUUGAGUUAUUUCAACAACUCAGCCACGGCGGGUAUCAAUGUCGGCCAGGAGGCAUAUUUCAAUAACGAAACGAUUUUAGCCCAAUUCGAACGGUUAUUCAUGCUUCUUCCAUUUAAAGAGGCUUUUAAAGAUCAUAUUGUCGAGAUUAUUGUGGACAAUGCGAAAACACAUUCUGCUAAAAGCUAUAGUAUCAAUGAUUUCAGCAAAGGCAUUGGUACAAAGUGUUCUGUUGAUUCAAUCGAGUACACUGAUGAUAAUGGACAACUUGUCUCUGUCUCAUGUUACUUUUCAAAGGGUCAGCACAAGGGUCUUUCGAAAGGACUUGUCGAAUUAGCCAGAGAUCUGAAAGUACCUAUUUCACCAUCUAUGAAACUGCCAGAAAUUCGAACUCGUCUCUCUACUCAUUCAGCCUUUCAAAACCUCUCGAAACUCGAGUUAUUAGCUAAGAAAUAUCAUGUCAAAGUUAUUUUCUGUCCGAAAUUUCAUUGUGAAUUAAAUAGUAUUGAAGGUCUGUGGUGUGAUAUGAAGAGAUAUAUAAGAGCAUAUAGUGAUCAAACUUUUUCAACAAUGCUUCGUCUCAUUCCCGAAUCUCGAGCCAGUUUCGAAGAGCGCAAAAUACAAAUGAAACUGUUCCGUCGCUUCUGGUGUUCUCUCCAUGCAUAUAGUCGUCAAGGUCAAUCGUAUGAAGAGGUUCUCAAACUCUUCUUUAGUCAUCUGUGUCGUUCAGAUGUUGCUUCUCAUCGAAAAAUUUCAAACAGUAAACUUUCAUAG